UUAGAAAAUAUUCACUUCACGUGUCUAAAUUACAGAACAGAGUAAGAAAAGAAAUUCAAUUUGCCUUUUAAAAGAUAUUAGAGCUGCUCCAACAGUGCUUCUGAAUGCUCGAAAAAGCAUUGUUCGACAAGUUUUCGGAGCGAAGCAACAUGUACGGGGCACCAUAUUCAAGUGAGCUCAGGGAGCUCAAACAAUAUAUGGUUCCUUUUUUGGUACAAAAAUGAUACAGUUUCAACAACGUUACUGAUGCUGAAAGUCCAGUACAAAGAAGCACUGUUGGAGCAGCACUGAUAUCUUGAGCAAGAAGAGUACACAUAACCAACUUUGGAUGAGCUAUGAAAAUUUGCAAGUUGUGAUUCUAGUAAUUGUCAAACUUUCCACAGGCCCAGCGGAUGGUAGAUGUGUUGUAAAAGCUUGGUAGCUGAAGGUAGCGAUAUUUGGCGAGCUUUUGGCAUAACAUGCACCUUGCAACCCCUAAAAGUGUUGAGCUUAAAGCUGAAAGCAACCCCAUUGAUAAAAGCUCUGCCAUGGAAAAUGUUGGCAACUGUCAGUGCGUCAAAGGCAGUCGCAGCGUGCGCAUCGUGACUGCAAUAUCCAACAGCCUGGUUCGUCGCCUUAUAUUGUGGUCAUAACUGAACACUCGAGAACCACCCACACCCGCCCACAUAUUAGCGUGAGGAUUGCACAGCUGUUGGACGAAUUGAAAAAGCGACCGAUUGAUUUUUCGCAUUUGAAUCUUAAGGCGAAAGUUGCAGUUGCGUGGUGAAAGUGUGACAAGUGAGCUGGCCAGGCAUACAUAUGGAAAUGAAUGACACGCUGGCCGAAGGUCAGCAGCCAGCGAGCAGCACCAGCAGCAGCAGCAGCAGCUGUGACAAUGUGCAACCAACAACAACAACAACAACAGCAUCAACAAUUGUCGCUGUCAAUGUGAACGAGGCAAAUGUUGAUAGUCAAGCAUAUCCAGAAACAGAUCCGGAGGCGGAUGCCGAGGAUGAGGCGCAGCCAUUGAGCGAACGCUGGUCACCAUUGGGCGCCAACUAUGAUGAUGCGAACAUCGCCAGCUCAGAGCUGAUGACGAGCGGCGGCGACUGUGCCGAGCUAGAUGAGCCACAGUUGCUUGGUUGCCUGACACUGGACAAGCCGCCGCCGCCGGCGCCGCCGACAGUGGUCACAGCUGGCGCGGAUAAUGCCAGCGAAUUGGCACGUUUGCGCAGCAUUGAGGAGGAGCAGGAGCUGCUGACCAGCUCUCUGUUGGCAUUAACCUCACAGUUUGCGCACGUUCAGCUGCGCGUGCGACAAAUUGUGGAGGCGCCCACAGAUGAGCGAGAUCAAUUGUUGCGUGACCUGGAGGAUUUCGCCUUUCAGGGCAUACCGGAGGUGGUGCAGCCCAAUAACGACAAUGGCACUGAUGAAAUGCAAGCGACGACGGCACCACCCGAUGGCCAGCUGAUCGAGCAGCUGAAGUCGCAGCUAACGGAACUGGAGCAAUUGGCGUAUGAUUCAGGCGCGCCGGGCGUAUUGCCGCAGCAUGUGCUGCUUGAGAAGCAAAAGUUCAUACUGGACGAGCUGCGCACUAAGCUCAAUUUGCAGGUGGAACAGCAUCAGCUGCCCGCACUUAGCACCGAACAGCUGCGCCAUCAGGUGGACAAUGCCAUUGGCGAGUUUGUGGGCCCGCUCAAAAUGAAGGAACAGCUGGUGGCACAGCUCAAAACGCAAAUCACCGAUCUGGAGCGUUUUAUUGCCUUCCUGCAGUGCGACACCGCCGGCGGUGGCGAUGGCGGCAGCGGCACCACUAGCGCCAGCGACAAGCUAAAGCUACUUAGUGGUGCCUACAAUAGCUAUGCGGCCAAGCAGACAGCCCGUCAGACACCCGCCCAGCUGCCCGUGAUGGCAACCACAUCGGCAGCAACAGCAGCGACAGCCAACGGUAGCAGCCACAUGACUGCAGCAGCAGGAACAUCCUCCGCGGAGCAUGAACCACGACGCGAAAGCCUGCACAGCAAGGCGCACGGACUGCUUGACAAGGCAUCUCUGCUAAUGCAAAUGUUUGCCACAACCCAUUUCGCCAAGCGACAAGCGGACUUUCAGCAAAACUCGCUGAAGAAAACGCACAAGGGCAACCACUGGGGGGAUCUGCGCGCACAGCUGGAGGUGGACAUCCAGGAGGUAGCCGCAUUGGCUGCCACACUAAGCUGCGAUCGCCAAAAGUUGGCGAAUAUCAAGCGCGCGCUGCGCCAGCAACAGCAGCUGGCGGCGACCAAUGCCAACAAUGCAAGCGGCUCGUUUAAUGCACAAAAUGGGGCAUUAACCACUUUGCCGCCACGUUGCAGGCGUGCAGUUGCCAACGCUGCUGCCGCCGCCGGCCACGAGCUGACGCCGUAUGCCGCAAGCGCAGCAGCUGCCGCCUCAUCUGACUCGGAUGAAGAUAUUUACGAUCGGUAUGACUGGGACAAGGACAAGUCUAUGGGCCGACGCAUUGUGCAUAUGCGCGGCGAUUCCAUAGCCACUAUCGGACGCGAACUGACCAGUGUGGUGCGCAAGAACUUUGCGCGCACACUGCAGCAGCUCAUUCAGCACGGACUACGCAUACCAGCCGAAUCGGCGGCCACCAGCCUGAUGGUGCCCUUCAUGCGCUGCCUGCAGCCGGGCGCACAGCGUGUGGCGGCGGGUGCGGCGCCAGAGAUGCAAUUUCUUGGCAUUGGUCGUGCCAUGCACGCCUGGGAGCUGAUACUCGAGUACUAUAAUCUGAAGCAUGGCGAGGAGUACAACAAUACGCCGGCCCGGAAGCUAUCCCAAAGUUUUCAAUUGGAUAUUGUGGAUGCACAGGUGGUUACGGCCAAGCAGAGCCUGCUGAGCGCCAUUGGCAUGAUCCUGGCCAUGCAUCGGCCCUACAAACGCAGCUACAACGCCCAUUUUAAGGCAUUAAUCUGUGCCGGACUUAACGCACAUCUUCUGGUAGAGUGGCUUAAUCUGAUACUCAGCUGCAACGAGCUUAUUGAUACAUACUAUACGUCCAAUAGCUAUGUGGCAUGCACGGGAUUUCGCGACUCGCUGCGCUCUAUUGACGCACUGUCCAAGUUUGAUUUCGAUUUGCCCGUAGAUCUGGCCAUACGGCAUUUUCGCAAUAUCUAAACUGAAUGGAUUUAUCGAUCGGAUCGUUCGAUUAUGACAUCUCGUAAUUUUUGUUCUCUUUUAAAAAACUAGUCCAAGUCAUGAAUCUUAAUGUAUAAAUAUGUGUAUAUAACUUUAGAUAUGUCCAAUUAACUAAUGCCCACUAAAUACAAUUACUAA